AUGUGGGUUUUCCCUAAUGGAUCGUUGGAUUCAAAGAGUUUUCCGGGUUUGAUUACUGAUUAUGGGAUCCUUGGUUUGGCCUCGACGCUCAGGAGAUUGCGAAAGAUUGAUCUUUCUGGUUAUCCCUUUUCAAUUUUCAGGAAUGGAACUGGAAUUCCUUCUAUAGAUGUAUGUUUUGAGGAUUCUGUUGCCUAUGCGAGAGGUUUAUGCGAGCUUGAUCUCUCCAAUUCGUUUGUAUCUGACGAAUUGUUGUGUUUAGUUGCUGAAGCACGCCUUCCAUUGCACAAGCUUGUUCUCUCUCGUUGCUUUUGUUUUACUUUUGAUGGGAUUUAUUUUCUCUUGUCUAAGUACCAGUCUCUUACGUACUUGGAUCUUGAAGGAGCAGAUUUUCUCAAUGAUGAGUCCAUGAUAGAAUUGACCAAGUUUCUUGGUAAUUUAACCUUUAUAAACCUUAGUUUAUGCUCUAAGCUAACGAAUUCAACUUUCUUCAAUCUUAAGAGAAACUGUCCUUUGCUAAGUAUUAUCAAUAUGGGGAGAACGAAUCUUGGGGUGGAGGAAUUUCCAACUGAAAUUGUGGUGAAUCCUCGAGUUAAGUCACUAUACUUUGCUUGGAAUAAUAGUUUAAAUGAUGAAUGCAUAAAAAUGGCUGCCAAUGUUUGCCCCAAUUUAGAAGCACUUGAUGUUACCUACUUCUCGGGUAUUACAGAAGAAGGCAUCUUGGCAAUUUUGAAGAGUUGUUUGCAGAUUAGGUGUUUACAGAUUAGUAGAUGUGAAGGGGUUAAGAAUCUUGAAAUAGACUUUUAA